AUGGUCUACCUCCCCGCAACCCGGCACCUCAACGGCGUCCGCCUCCUCGCCCUCGACGGCGGCGGCGUGCGCGGCGUCGCCUCCCUCAUCGUCCUCAAGGAGAUCAUGGCCCGCGUGCAGGCGCGCAAGGGCCUCAAGCACGAGUGCCGCCCGGCCGACUUCUUCGAGCUGGCGGCGGGCACCAGCACCGGCGGCAUCAUCGGCAUCAUGCUCUUCCGGCUGCGCAUGACGGCCUCCGAGGCCAUCGACCAGUACGACGCCAUCGCCAAGGAGGUCUUCAGCCCGCGCCUCUGGGGGUGGGACAUGUCUCGCUGGCUGCCCAACGGGAUGGCUUCCGCCAUCAACAACAGCAAGACGCUGGUGCAGAGCAGCCGGUUCGACGACAAGUCGCUCAAGAAGGCGAUUGACCGGGUGGUGGAGAAGUAUGGGCUGGACGAGGAGGAUAGGCAGCUGAAGGGGGAGGCACCGCUGCUGCAUCCCAACGCAGGCAGGAUGUUCGUCUGCACGACGGCGCAAAACAGGGCCGAAACUGUGCUGCUGAGGACAUACAAGAACAACACCAUCCACGUCAAGUCCCAGGUCAACGACACCAUGCGCGAGCACUCGGACAGGGUCACCAUCAGCCUGGCCACGCGGGCGACGUCCGCCGCGCCCACCUUCUUCCCCGAGGUCAAGUGGCCCGAGGGCGUGCCGGACAAGAAGCAGCAGCUGACGUUUUGGGACGGCGGCCUGCUCAACAACAACCCCAUCGACCAGCUGUGGUACGCGCGCUACGAGCUCGUGCAGCCCGACGAGCCGGCGCCGCCGGUGUCGUGCGUCAUCAGCCUCGGCACGGGCUACACGACGCCCGGGUCGUCGCCGGCCGACUCGUGGUUCUCGCUCGUCGGCGUCGCGUCGUCCGUCAUGGGCUUCGCGACCAACACCAACGCCAAGGGCAAGGACUUCUCGCGGCACAUGACGGCGCUCAACAACAGGGCGGAGCACGCGCAGACGAGGUAUGUCCGGCUGAACCCGCACUUGGGGAACAGCGAGAUUGGGCUGGCGGACUAUACCAAGAUGGACGAGCUGAAGGCGCUGGCGAGGGCGUAUGUGGAGGACGAGAAGAAUCAGCUUUGGAUCGACAAGGCGGUGGCUGCUGUCUGUGAUGAGUGA